AUGGACCACGAUGGCGACAACGAGGACCUGCCCUCCUACAUGCCCCAGAUAAACAGUGAUGUGUCGGAACGUGGGAAAGCAAUGGCAGCGGUUAUCCAACAACAACGAAGGACGAGACGACGUCGAGGCUCAUUAAGAAAAACUGCAUUGCUGGGGACAAGGCUCGAGUCGCGCGAUAAAAGGGCUUUCAGCAAGAGUGCCGAUGCCAUUCGUGCGGAGACCCCCCGUUUCCAGACUGGGGAUGAUGGCGAUGAUGAUGCGCCGGGACUGCGCUCUCCCCGAAGAACAAGGCCCCCUCGCCGCCGCCGAUGGAAAACAACAACUUCGCCUCCCCCAGGGGCGGCUUCGAUAAUGACGUUGAAAACCCCGCUCGACCAAAGUCCCCGCCCGACUGUCGCGCGAAGGCGCCAGGGUCUCGCGCAACAUACCUCCAAUACCACGAACGAGAACAACGAUCUCCUAGGCGAAGAGACAGCCACCGACGAUGAAGAACUUAUUUCCUUCCCGCGGAUCAACACGAAUAACUCUUCAACUACGUCCAGUACCUCCAAUCCCUCCGCUACAACUACAUCCCUCCACAUUCCCCGCCCCUCCUCCAGCUCGGACUCCUAUUACCCUCUCCAACCAGACACGACGUACCGCCCCGUCCGGGCGAAGUCCUCUCCGCUAGCAACGCACCCUGUGGAGAUGACCAGCAGCGCAGAUAUAACAUGGGAUUACUCCGAGACGGAAUCGUGGGGCUGGAUCAUCCUCAUGGUGACAUGGCUAGUGUUCGUUGUGGGGAUGGGCAGCUGCUUUGAGGUCUGGAGCUGGGCGUGGGAUGUUGGAGAGACGCCCUAUGCGCCUCCGGAGUUGGAGGAUGAUCCCACACUUCCCAUCGUGGGGUAUUAUCCUGCUUUGAUUAUUCUUACGGCCGUCAUGUCGUGGGUUUGGGUUGUUGUUGCUUGGGUUGGAAUGAAGUAUUUCAAGCAUGCGAAUAUAUCUGGAGAUGAUAGUUGA